AAAAAGAAAUGAGUUCCUAUUUUGUCAAUUCACUCUUCUCCAAGUACAAAGCAGGGGAAUCUUUGCGCCCCAAUUACUAUGAUUGUGGCUUUGCCCAGGACCUAGGAGGCAGACCAACAGUGGUGUAUGGACCCAGUGCUGGGGGCACUUUUCAACACCCUAGCCAAAUUCAGGACUUUUACCACGGAACGUCGUCCCUUUCCUCGCCCCCUUACCAGCAGAAUCCCUGCGCUGUAACCUGUCAUGGGGACCCCAGCAGCUUCUACGGAUACGACCCUUUGCAAAGGCAGAGCCUGUUCAGCAGCCAGGAUUCGGAUCUAGUGCAAUACACCGACUGUAAGCUGACCUCAGCCGGCCUGGGGGAAGAAGCAGAGAGCUCAGAGCAGAGUCCUUCACCCACACAGCUCUUUCCCUGGAUGAGACCACAAGCAGCCGCUGGACGCAGGAGAGGUAGACAGACCUACAGCCGCUACCAAACCCUGGAGCUGGAGAAAGAAUUCCUCUUCAACCCUUACCUUACCCGCAAGCGGCGGAUUGAGGUGUCUCACGCUUUGGGACUUACGGAGAGACAGGUUAAAAUUUGGUUCCAGAACAGGAGGAUGAAAUGGAAAAAGGAGAACAACAAAGAUAAGUUCCCCAGCAGCAAAUGUGAGCAGGAGGAACUGGAGAAACAGAAAAUGGAGAGAUCACAAGACACUGAUGAGCCUCUGGAUGGACAAAAGGGCGAGAAGAGCCUGGACUGAGAAGCCCCCAUUGAUAAAGCCACUUGUCUCCAGCUCUCCCCUGCUGUCGUCCAAUGUUCCUGGAAUUAAGAUACGGAAGGGGGCACAAUGUUGCUGUAAAAGAUGUAGCUGUAAAUCGCCCCUUCUCUGUAAACUCAUCCUGUUUGAUACCUAAAUGACCGGUGCCCCUAAGAACCAGGAAACCUGCUGUCUUCCUACCUGGUAGGGGAAGGGGGGAGGUGGGGGGAGAGGAAAUGACUUUCUAGUGUCUGUGUAUAACGCAAUAGCUUUUGUGGAUCAUAACUUGGGGGUUUUGUUUUUUUUUGGUGGGGAAGGUUUGCUCUAGAAGUUUUUGUGUGCACUAUUUCUCUAUGUGGUUUAUUGUAUUUUCUUUCUAUAAAACAACAGACAAAAAAACAGACCAACAACAUGAAACUGCCUAAUUCAGCUGUAGUCCCCCCUCUCUAACACAUUGCUAGAUGCCCCCUCUUGUUUUGUCCCUGGCACCCCGCAUUCUCUGUGUGUGCGAGGAUGUAGUUAGCAUGCGCCCAGUGAAAAGCCACUUGUGAUUUUUUAGGGUUACUGUGAACAGACUGUAUACUGUA